ACUCUCUCUCCCGGAUAAAAGGUCGAUUCGCGACUCGAAGGACGAGUCGCAGGCUGCUGUCGUCUCGAGCGAGAGGGUGACGAUGAUACUUCCGGUGUUAUUCGGUGUCGCUCUCGCGGUCUCAAUCGCCGCCGAGGAUACGAAAACCCUGGUGAUGUUCCCGUCCAACGGAAACGCCACGUCUUUGGAGAUGGGGGGCAAGAUCGAGCCGGCCCAUCAACCGGAUAUGAUGACGCGGCCAGUCCCUACGACCCUCAUCGUGCCGCCGCAGCCGCAGCCGAUGCUGCCCUCGGAUUACUUUUUCCCCAUGCCUCAACGAACAUUUCCGCACCAUAGAAGCGAAAACAUGCCAUACGGAUAUGAGUAUCCUAACAUUGGAUAUCCAGUGGCGCACUCGAUGGACCACUCCAUUUCGAUGGUCCCUUCAUCAAAGCAGCUUGUUGUAGUCAGUUUCAUUGGUCUCCUAUUGCUUUUGGCGAUUAUACAAAACACAUUUAACUCCGCCAAGCAAAAGGAUGCGAUAAUGGACCUGUUGUCAUCCAGGCAAAAGAGGGAUGUCUACACUACGCGUGAUUUUCGUUCAGUGACCCCGGAAGAGGAGGAGAUUCUUAAUAACGAUGCUAGAGUACGAUGCAUACAAAGGACGAUCUGUCUUGAGAACCGCAAGCUCUUCAGGGAUUUGGGUGCGCCAGGCAAAAUGUUGGCGAAGCACUUGACGAGGGAUAUAGAGAAAUCAUUCAAGUCACCCUCAGGUUGGGAUCGUCUCGUGAGGGAUGCAGGUGCAGCAGGAAUUCGGGGUGACGAUUGUGAUGUACUUUAUAGAGAUUGCGACACUCCAGUGACAAGAAAAAUACGUAAGGUUUCGAGCAAUGUCUUACCAGGCGCUAAAGAUCAUGAUGAAUUUAAUUCAAUUCGUUAAGCAUCAAAAGAGCUAUAAAAUAGUAUUUAUUUAUAUAUUA